AUGCGUAAUAUCGAUCGAUUUGAAUCAACAAUUCAAUGGGGAAAAGCACUUGAUCGAGAAUUUCAAUCACUUGAUAUCGAUGCAGAUGGUUAUGUUUCCAUAGCCGAUUUACAAUCUGUGUUGAAGUGAGUAAUAGUUUUCUCGAUGAAAAAAUUAAAGUAUCAUGGCCACAUAAAAAUAUCUCUGGUGUCAUUUAUCGCUCUAAAUUUU